CAUCGCGUGGCGCCCCAAAGAAGUAGUGCUACUCCAUGGCCAUCCCGGCCAAGAAGAAGUCGAAGUGACCGUGCGGCAACAUUUAGCCCGCUGACACGAUAGUUAUAGGGGGCUUUAAAUGCACUCCCCGGAAAUGUACGCCUAACUGUCGGCGCGGUAUUAUUCACGCCUACGGAGCUGACAUAAAUCUACCAAAAAGUUGUGACCAUACCCGAGGACGCGCCGAAAUUCCGGGGUUGUUCCCCAUCUCCAUUCAGAGAACAUGGAAGGUCUGCACCCACACUGCCUUAAAUGCAUCAACCGGCGGUGCAUGGUGCGGCCGGAGGCGGGCCUAUCAUGUGACCUCAUCGGCUGCCCACUAGUGUGUGGCGCCGUCUUCCACGCGUGCAAGCUGCCCGAGCACCGUCUGCUGUGUCCGUACGAACGACUACCGUGCCUUAACAGCGGUUUUGGCUGCCCUUUCGCCGUGGCCCGGGCCAAGAUGGCGCAGCACCUGGAGAUCUGCCCCGCCAGCAUCGUGUGCUGCACUAUGGAGUGGAACCGCUGGCCUGUCAGCUACGCGGACCGCAAGUCCUACGAGAACCUGAGUCGGGACUUUGACGAGGUGGAGCAACUGGACAUGGCGCUGGCUCUGCAGGAUCAGCGCAUGCUCCUGGAAUCCCUCAAAGUCACCACCACCGUAUCCAAAGACGGCAAGGCGGACAACGACAAAAUGGCCAUGGCUCCCGAUGGCGAAGCCGCCAACGAGGCGGUGGAGAUGGAGGAGGAGCCGUACAGCGACUUGUACCGAGCCUCGGUGGAGACAAGCCGGAGCUUGGUGGCAGCCUUGGACAUCCUCACGCAAUCCAAGGGCGUCGUCGGUCUGAACGGGGAAAGCGGCGGCGCGGGGAGGAAUGUGGACAUGGGCGAAAGCGACUCGGACUCCGAGUGCGAGCUGGGGGCGGUGGGCGGCGUGCACGAAGAUGACGGCGCUCUCGCUUGGCCGGAGGAGGAUGAAGAUUUUGUGGAAUUGUUUUUCGAGGACAAGGAAGACGCCAUCGAAGACCCGGCGGAGGAGGAGUCCCUGGAGCCCGUGUGGCCGCAGGCGCCUCGGGACUUUGUGCCGGCCAUCUUGCCGGACCCCCAGGCGGAACCACUGGCCGCGCCCAUCCCCUUCCUCUUGUCAGACCAAGUAAGGAACAACUUUUUGCACCAGCUACCCACCGAGCUCAGGUACCGCUGCCUGGAGCGCAAACUCCAGAACGUGGAGGUUCUGCGCGGCAUCAGCAUGUUUACUUUCAACGGCCGCCGUGCACUGCUCUCGGACCCGUACCUCUUCCGCGCCAAGAUGGAAGACAAGGCGGUGGACACGUCGGACCUGGAGGUGGCCGACGACCCGAUGGGCCUGCACGGGAUCGACCUGAUCACGGCCGCCUUGCUCUUCUGUCUGGGCGACUCGCCGGGUGGGCGCGGCAUCUCCGACAGCCGCUUCGUGGACGGCUACCACAUCGACUUCGGCACGCAGACCUUCUCCUUCCCCUCCGCCAUCCUGGCCACCAACACCAUGGUGGGCGACAUUGCGUCGGCGUCAGCGUGCGACCACGCCAGCCCGCAGCUGUCCAACCCCAGCCCAUUCCACACGCUGCGCCUGGACCUGGUGCUGGAGUGCGUGGCGCGCUACCAAACCAAGCAGCGCUCCAUGUUCACCUUCGUGUGCGGCCAGCUGUUUCGCCGCGACGAGUUCUCCUCGCACUUCAAGAACGUGCACGGCGACAUCCACGCCGGGCUCAACGGCUGGAUGGAACAACGUUGCCCCCUGGCGUACUACGGUUGCACCUACUCACAGAGGCGCUUCUGCCCGUCGGUGCAGGGGUUCCGCAUCAUCCAUGACCGGCACCUGGGCUCCUUCGGCGUGCAGCCGGGCCUCCCCGCCAAAAGCGCAGACAAGCUCCAGAGGAGCGCCCGCCCGCACCUGGGCUCCAAGUGCGACCAGCUUAGCGGUCUUCCCUUCGAGGUGCUGCAGCACGUGGCCAGCUUCCUGGACAGUUUCAGCUUGUGCCAGCUGUCGCGGACGUCACGCACCAUGAGGGACGUGUGCGCCAGCCUCCUGCAGAUGCGCGGCAUGGUCGUCCUGCUGUGGGAGAAGAAGCGGCGGGAGGACGGCUCGCUGUCGUGGCAGAUCACGGACAAGGUGUGGCGCUUCAGCACGGCCUUUGGCACGGUGAACGAGUGGAAGUUCGCCAACAUCACCAGCAUGGCGGACCACCUGAAGAAGUGCAAGUUCAACACGGUGGCGCGACGCGAGGAGGCCAUCCCGCUGCCUUGCAUGUGCUUCACCCGCGAGUUGACCAAGGAGGGCCGCUGUUUACGCUCUGUGCUCAAGCCCGUGGCCUAAACUAAGUUCUCUUCUGCAGUUGGAAAGCCGUUUGACUCAUUAUUCAAUAUCCUUGAUUUCCUAUCUUAACUCAUUCACUGCCAUUGCCGUCUAUAUGCCGACGAUAGUUCGAAUCUGAACGUUCACUGCUAUUGACGUCGACGGAUGUCAGCAAUGUAGCACUUUAUAUUUUUAAUGAGUCCAGUUCUUGAGGGAUUUUGUUGGAGAUAAUGGACGCAGUUUGCAAGUCGGACAAGUUUAAGUCUUUUACACACAUACAGAGCACAUAUACGACGAGUGUGAGCAGAGUACGUGCCGCAGAAGUGUGUGAUUCGUGAUCGCGACAAAAUACGACAGAGGUCUUGGAGUUAAUGAUGAGGAUGACUCUUAAAAAAAAAACAAAAAAAAACACUAUAAACAAUACGAGCCCAUGGCUGCCAGUACACGUCUAUUGGUAAAUAAAAUGUUAUUUUUUUAUCACAAAAGCCAUUGGCAAAUGUUGUUCUAGGUGUUUUAUUGAAGGAAACCACUGUUCAGGUAUUAGAGGUGCCACUAAAGCAAAAAAGAAUAUUGCAGUCAGUCACUUUUCGCCCUGAUAUGUUUCUUUAGACCAAAAAAAAAAAAUCAAGUUUUCUCUGCUUUUGGGGACAAACUGCUGUUUUGGGCAAAGCCAACCUGUUCUACUGCUGAUUACUAAAGAACGGAAAAAGAUAGAAUCAAGUGUCCCGGCAAAAGAAGAGCGUUCUUACAUUUGGUAGUUUGGGUUUUUUUUUUUUUGCGUCUUGGAACACAAUAUUGUGUGGGUCUUAAAAUCAAUCAAAAUGCUCUGGCAAUGAAUGAGUUACGGUUCAUGUAUUAAUACACUCGUUGUCCUCACUCGUAAGAACAUUUGAAUCAGCAUACCAGUGGAACAAAUGUGUGUUAAGAAUACUACUUCCCCAGUAUUGUUUUUCCCACUGGUAAGACCACUAGGUCCAGUGUAAGGCAGUCAUGGGAAAUUUUGCUGCUUACUUGUCGGAGUGCACUUUAUUGUCACAGAUGACAAAUUGAGCAUUUAUUUUGAUUUUCACCUUAAUUAAGGUCUAUGCUGACCAAUGUAGACACACUAGUAGAAUGACUGAGUCUUACUCGUAAUGUUUUACCAACUAAUAGUGCCGCUUUUGGCCUACUAACAUGAGUAAACGUCUGUGUUCCGCUACACUUCUAAUUCUUAACAUUGAGUGCUUUGCGAUUACUAGUAAUGGUGUGCAGAUGUUAAAUAAUGCAGUUUUACCUCACAAAUAACACAAUUAUUAGACUACUGUGCCAAAUUUGUCCUCCGAUUGAGGACAACAAGCAUAUUAAAACAUACCCUUUAAUAAAAGUAUGUGGUGUUAAAAGUGCUAGCAAGAUUUGUUAUGUAGCCUCACUUCACCCCCACCCUCCUCACGUCCCUCUCUAAUGUGCAUAGGCGCAAUUCUUAAACAUUGCCAUUCUUAAAAAAAAAUAGGAAAGAAAAAAGUCUAUAGUGGUGAUAAUUAGCCAAACGCAUAUAUAGUGCUAGCAACACUAAGCUAGCAUUAGCACUGCACACAAACUGACGUUAGCCGUGGCUGCCACAAUAGUAGCAUGGCUUAUUUGAAAUUGGGUGUCUUUAGAACACUAAAAGGUCCGUUUCAAGUUUUAUUUUGCGGAAUGUACAAUAAAUAAAGCAAAAAGACGUAAACGUACCUGUCGAGCGGAAAUAUUGUUAAUGCUGCGUCGUCUGCUACUGUUAGGUUGACACAGAGUUUUAACAAAAUGUUUUAAAUUCGCAAACCCCACUUUACGAUGGAUAUCAAAUAAAUGCUCAAGGGGCUCAUGGAAAGCUGUUCCAGGAUUUAUCCAAUAUCCCUGACAAUUGUUCUACUUGUGCGCUGAAUUAUCUCCUUAGUGGGGACAGAGUGUACUUGUACUGUAAAUGGACUUUAAUCUGAAUUGCAAGGAUGUAGAAUAAAAGCUCAAAUGGCUUUCCAUACUCAAGUGUUUACAGAAAAAAAAAACAUCUUGAACUACUCCUCCUUUCCCUAAAAAACGAGCACAUCCACAACCACGCCACUGUUGUGUCAAUAAUCUCAUGCUCUGAUGUUUAUUUUUAUAGCAAGCAAAAACCAGUACUGUGCUUACGUCGGCGGCGGAGGAUGUAAGUGUCGUAGCUUUAUUUCUAUACAGCAACACCGACCAAACAUCUGUGUUAGCAAAAUAUUUUGACGUGGUCAAAAACACUUUCACAUCUGCGAAGUUACCUCGAAGCUAAUUGCGCUGGCACGCUAAGCUAAGGCGAGGAGCCGGCCACCGUUGGCAGUCUUUAAUCUGAAAUUGUAGCAAGUGAAUGUAAACCAUCAGAGUGUUUUGAAAUGGUGAGCGUCAGGGGAAGAAUAUAAAAGAAGCACCCGCAGGCACGGGACCUUAAAUCAGAAUGAACCCCGCUGGAGUUCUGUAGCACAAUAAACGAGUUAGCAGGAGCACAAUGUUUCACAUUAUGUCUUUGAAGUUGGAAAGAAAGAACAAAAGGUAAAGUGAGAUUGAUGAUAUUUCACCAUCGUAAUUAUGAAAUUAAAAAAAAAAUCGGGUUGGGAGGUGAGAAGAAAUACUUCAAAUAUUUCUGUGAUUAAAACAAAAAUGUCUGGAGAAAUUGUGGGUACAAAAGAAAUAUCAAAUAUUUUACUUUUUUUGCAGGGUUGGUUAACAUUUGGUCUGGGAGAAUUUUAAAAAUCUUUCUCGGCUGAUAUUCUGAAAUAUGUUUCCCUUUAUAUGUAAAUGUUUUUCUUUUGACCCAGUAUUUAAAAAAACCCAAGAGAAUUUUUGGUGGGUGCUUAGAAAGGAAAACACGACGAAGCAAAAACGUCAAAUGUAUUUGUCAGCCCCCACACCCUUUAUCCUCGAAUGAAAUUCUGUAUUUGUAUUUUUUUUUUUUAAACCAAAAUAUCUAUUAAAUAUUGCCACGAUUGUUCUUUAAAUGUUAAAUUGCGGACAAAAACUUUUCUGGCUUUUUUUUUUUCUUUUCUAAAAAUCAUCUCAAAUCUUUUUCUAAUUUCAUCCCAGUUUUCAGAUAUUAGUCCCCUACUAACUCAAUUGAGAAUGAUUGGCUAAGUUAAAAAAAGCUUUAAUCUCACUUUACGUUUUAUAUUAGCUUUAGCGGGUAGCGGGAAUGACUCUAAUGAAAAGAGUGGGAGAAGGCCAUUUUGCAUAUUUGCUCUUCAAGAGGCCUCAGUAUUAAAUAUAGCGUAGCUGUGUGUUGCAGUGUUGACAUGAACAGAUUUACUGUCUGAUUUUAAGAACUACUUUGAUUGAGGAUUGUGAGUGAGAAAUGAAAAAGAUGUUUUACAUGUCAAAGUAUCACAAAGGAGCGCCUUUUAUGUUUUUUUCUUGUUUUGUUUUUUUAUACUCCUCCUGGUACACUGAAAGCUGCCUCUGUAACAUCCAGAUGAGUAUUUUUAUUUUUGUGAAUUAUAGAUUUGCACUUGAAGCAUGUACUGUAAAAUGUUUAGUUAUUAUGCAUGUGGAUUGUCGAGUUGUUUUGUAGAAUGUCGCUUUCGGGCGGGAAGCCUGUCAUUCCCCCGCAAAAAAAUUCCUUUUCAGGAAAUGGCUAAACUUGGUAUUUUGGCAAUAUCAAUGCAUCACCAAAUCAGGUUUCAUUAUCCAAUUGAUAUUUUAAUUUGCUAUGACACAAAAAAAAUUAGUAUGCUAUCAUUGAUCAAAAUAGUUGAUUUUUUUUUUUUUUUUGUUAAAUCUCAUUUUAUGUACUCUUACGCAUUAGAAAACAUAAAUAAGACUUCUAAUGUGAACGCAGAGAUGUGACAUGCUUGCAUCCAAAGCAUCAAGCAGAGUGACCUACACCAAAAUAACGAUACCACGUUGGCACAGUGUUAGGAAGUAAAUAUCUUCCCCAGUGUAGAGGCUCGUUUUAACAUCUCAUGUCACCAGAGUAGCAAGGCGGGAGGAGGUAGAAAUAUUUUGGGGGUUUGAAGGGGAUGUUAACAGCAACCCGCCAGGCUUGUCGUUCUCUCUCCCCCAUGUUGAUUAUUGCCGUCUCGUCUGUGCUCCUCUGAACGGGUUCUAACUGGGAAGUAUAUUCCUUGUGUGUUUCUUGCCUCGAUCGCCGUAAUUUAAUUCAGACGUCUACUAAAGAUGACAUCACGUCAUUGCCGCGCAUAACAAAUGAAGCGUCUGCAUGGCUGAAUUUUGACCAUCACUACAAAUGUCUACUUCAUGUUUCAAGUGGGAUUACAUUUACUGCCCCCCAAAAAAAAAAUAAAGUGCCCAUAUUUGGGGAGACGGGGUUUCCACCCGACAGCGACAAAUGCAUUAAUAUAGUAUUCAGUUCUCAGGCACAGUGCGAUGUUAAAGCGUGUUUGUGUGUGUGUGUGUGUGCGUGUGUGUACCUCCAUUUUGUUUUUUUAAACGUGUGCACCUCCAUUUUGUUUUUAUUUGUAUUUGUUCUCACUGGUGUUCUCAAAGCCUUUGUUUUCACUCCAGCUGUGAAGUGUACUUUCACCGCAGGUUGCCACCUUUUGAAGCGUUUCAAUACGAACAAUAAAGAGGCUUUGCAAUGCAGUUUUUA